UUGGCACGAGGAGAGCGGAAAUGGGCAGUACACUUUGGGAAGCAGAGGGUCUCAUGUGCGCGUGCUGAGCCACACUCCUCGGAGGAGCUCGCGACCACUUCGCAGCAGCAUGAGGACGUGAGCAGGUCGGAAGGAGCGGCUCCUGAGUCCCGACGUGCCUCUUCUCUUCCUCCUCGAUCACGCCAGCGCGCUCAAACUGUGGCCGGCCUCAGCUCUGAAACCUCUGCACACCAGAGAGCCAGCGGCGCGCGGCCGCUCCGCGUGUGCUCCUCCGUGGCAGCAAUGAUGCUCGCGCUCACCUUCACCUGCCGCGCGCUGCUCCUCUUCUUGCUCUCGGAGUCGGUUCAGACCGACAAGACGGCGCCCUUCCUGAUCACAGAGAACAUGUGGCCUCGUGGUUGUGUGCUGGACUGCCAGAGGGGGCGCCACAGACCUGUGUGUGGCAGCAAUGGCAGGCUGUAUAAAUCGCUGUGUGCCUUUCAGAGGGCACAGUGCAUCAACACACAGCUCCGCCACGUCCCACGGGGACACUGUGCAGAUCCGUUGCAGACUAAAUGCCAGCUGGCCCGAGCUCAGGGCCUUGAGGCCAGAGCCCGCAGCCGUGGUAGUCCUGCAGCUGCAGUUUUUGUGCCUGCGUGCGGUCCCGAAGGUCACUUCAUGCCCAUACAGUGCCACAACCAGACCGGAUAUUGCUGGUGCUCCACGCCUGAUGGCAAACCUGUCAGUGGUACCACGGCCCUCCAUGUGAUCCCCAACUGCACCGAUCACCUCACCAAGCUCGUUCAGAUCACCGAUACAGAUGCAACUCCAGUCAAAGAUGGAGACGUUGGACCUGGACCUACGCUGGACCCUAGAAAACCUGCAGAGCUGACGGCGCCUCCUUUCUGGGUGACCAUCCUGAUGAACUCUGAGUCACGAGGAAACCGCUCACUCAGACGACCUCCUGACAAUCCUCAGACUUGUCAGCGUGAGCGAGCGUCUCUGCUCUCUCAGACUCGUCAAGCCCGGGAGGAUGAGCGUUUCAUCCCAGAAUGCACUGCAGAUGGGCGUUACAGCCCCGUGCAGUGCCACACUGCUACAGGUUACUGCUGGUGUGUCAGAGUGGACACUGGGAGGCCACGACCAGGCACCUCAGCACGGAAUCAAAUCCCGGACUGCACUAGGGCAGAGGCUGCCUCACUGGAGAAACCUCUGCCUGGGUGUCCUGGAGCUCGUAAGAAGAAGUUCCUUCAGAGUCUGGUCAGAGCGCUGCAGGUGGAAGCACAGCAUGCUGGGAGUCAGAGUCCCUACCAAGACUCAAACACAGAUACUUCCAGUGCUCCUUCGCCCACUUCAAACCCUCCACCCUCUGUGGCUCCUUCAUCAUCUUCCUCCUCUCUGGAUAAUGCCUCCGCUGAUGCUGCAGAGUCUUCUAGGCCAGAGGUGGUGCUGCAGUGGCACUUUAGUCAGCUGGACGUGGACUCUGACGGGUGGCUCAGUGAGCGUGAGGCUCGACCCCUCCGUCAGUUCCUGCGGCGCAGACUGAAGCCACGACGCUGUGCUAAGAAGUUCGCCCAGUACUGCGACAGCGAUCGAGACCGAAGCCUAACGUUAGAGGAGCUGAGGGUGUGCCUGGCUCUCUGAGGAGGCUUACCGUCAGAGUCAAAGCGACCGAGAGCAACGAGACAAAUCAGCUGACAUCAAAAGGCAGCUCGUUUUAGUGAUUAAGUCAUAGAAGCGCCAUCGUUGGGGUUGGAAGAUCUGUUCUGUCGCCCACUUGUUCCUACAUGGUCGCAAAUUCCUGACACUAUCGCUGUGGGGUGGAGCAGGGGGAGGUUUUAAUGUGCAACCUCCAGCUCAGAUACAAUUGGCACUCCAGACAACCACUACAGUAAUCUGAUCCAUUCUCAGCCACUUGCAGCUCAGUGUCCUCUGCUGUUUCACACCCUGCAGAGCCAUCCAGGGGUUCAGCUUUGAUUCUUUUUGGCUGACUUUUGCUCGUGAUUCCAGACCAAUAACACCAAGAAACCUUAAUUUAUUCAGUUACUGCUUUCCUUUUUCUCUUUUCAUUAAUCUUAUGUGUCUUUUACUUCCCGAGCCUGCAUCUCUUCUUCUUUGUACAUACUUUGUUACAACACAUACUGACAGUAUAUAUUAACACAUGUAUACAUAAGUAUAUGUACUUUUGUAAUUUGUUCGUUAAGUUGUAUUUUCAGACCACAUCAUCGACUCACAGCAUUUUCUACUAAGUAAUUGUGAGUUUAAAAAGGGAAAAACAGGUGUGAUGGAUGGAUGUAACUUCAACCUUCAUGUUUUUGCUGUUUGUAAAUUUCAAUAAAUUUGUCAUCUCAUUUUUAUUCA